AUGUCAUCCCUUCCCCGGAUCGCCUCUCGAAUCCGAUCCCUCCCAGCCAACACCCCCGUGACACCUCUCGUCCGACCUACCAUCCUCACGAGGAAACCGAUCCUUUCGACCGCUUCUUCACCUUCGAUAUCUCCCUUGGGCAAACCUCGAACGAUCUCAUCGAGUCCGAGAUCGACCUCGAGCUCAAGCUCAAAGAGAUGGUUUAACUCUUCUGUCAGAGUCAGAGAUGAGGAAAAACCAAAAGAGGAAUGGCCAGAGAGAGUCUUACCGGUAUUGAAGGAUAGUGAUGUCAAGAGGUUGAAGAGGCAGAGAAAUGUGGGAAUUUCCGCCCACAUCGAUUCGGGUAAGACGACUCUUACCGAGCGAAUCUUGUAUUAUACCGGACGAAUAAGGGACAUCCACGAAGUUCGAGGACGAGAUGCCGUAGGAGCCAAGAUGGACUCGAUGGAACUGGAACGAGAAAAGGGUAUCACCAUUCAAUCAGCGGCGACAUUCGCAGAUUGGGUAUCACCGCCUCCUCCAACGGAGUUGGCUGAAGGUGCGACAUUACAUGGUACAGGGUCAGAAGAGGGCAAAGAGAAAUAUUCAAUCAAUAUCAUCGAUACUCCCGGUCACGUCGAUUUCACUAUCGAGGUGGAACGAGCUCUUAGGGUGUUAGAUGGAGCCGUAUUGGUAUUAUGUGCUGUAUCUGGUGUUCAAUCACAGACGAUAACGGUUGAUAGACAGAUGAGGAGGUAUAAUGUUCCUAGAUUGGCUUUUAUCAACAAGAUGGAUCGAGCCGGAUCAAACCCCUUCCGAGUGAUUCAGCAGCUUCGAGGUAAAUUGAAGAUGAAUGCAGCUGCUCUUCAAGUACCUAUAGGAGCCGAAGGAGAUUUCUCAGGUGUGGUCGAUUUAGUCAGGAUGAAAGCUUUGUACAACGAGGGUGUGAAGGGUAAUCAAGUCGUCGAGACCGAUGAAAUACCUGAAUCGGUCCGAGCGCUAGCUGAGGAGAAACGAGCAGAGCUCAUCGAACAGUUGUCCGAAGCGGACGAAACCCUAUGUGACCUUUUCCUGGACGAAUCGCCCAUCACCGGAUUAGAUAUCGCUCAAGCCCUCAGACGAGCUACCGUAUCUCUUAAAUUCACACCCGUAUUUAUGGGUUCAGCAAUCAAAAAUACUGGUGUUCAAGCCUUGUUAGAUGGUGUAUGUCAAUACCUCCCUGAUCCGAAUGAAGUCCACAAUCAAGCGCUGGACGCUGCUCUCCCACCUCAAGCUCCCCCUGUACCCCUUGUUCCCGCUGCCGAUGCCCCCUUGGUUGGUCUGGCGUUCAAAUUGGAAGAAGGACGAUAUGGUCAACUGACGUAUAUGAGAGUGUACCAAGGUGAACUCAAACGAGGUGGGGUGAUAUAUAAUGCUAGAACGGGAAAGAAGGUCAAGGUGCCUAGGUUGGUCAGGAUGCAUUCGGAUGAAAUGGAGGAUGUCGAAUCUAUAGGAGCUGGAGAGAUCUGUGCGAUGUUCGGUGUAGAAUGUUCUUCGGGAGAUACAUUCACAGAUGGUUCGACUACCUUCUCAAUGACAUCGAUGUUUGUUCCCGAGCCUGUUAUAUCACUUUCGAUCCGACCUGAAGGAAACGAAACCCCUAAUUUCUCACGAGCGUUGAACCGAUUCCAGAAAGAAGAUCCUACAUUCAGAGUACAUGUCGAUUCGGAAUCGCAGGAGACCAUCAUCUCAGGUAUGGGAGAAUUGCAUCUUGACAUCUACGUCGAACGAAUGAAACGAGAGUACAACGUCGCGUGUGUCACUGGUAAACCCAGAGUAGCAUUCCGAGAGACGAUAACGGAGGAGAGCAAAUUCAACUAUACACAUAAGAAACAAUCGGGUGGUUCAGGCCAAUUCGGUAGAGUGAUAGGUAAAUUGGAACCUAUGGAGAUGGAUCCGGAUACCAACAAGGACACGGCAUUUGAGAAUAGGAUAAUAGGUGGUAAUAUUCCUAAUCAAUUUAUCCCUGCUAUCGAGAAAGGUUUCCAAGAAGCCUUAGAUCGAGGAUUACUUACCGGUCACCCUAUAUCUGGAUGUAGGUUCGUUUUGGAGGAUGGAUCGGCACAUUCGGUCGAUUCGAACGAAUUGGCAUUCAGAUUAGCAGCCAUCGGAGCAUUCAGAGAAGCAUUCCAGAAAUCCAAACCUGUCAUCUUGGAACCUGUCAUGACUGUCGAAGUGGUUGCUCCGAUCGAGUUCCAAGGUAAUGUGAUUGGUGCUUUGAAUCAGAGAAAGGGUACGAUAGUGGAUACGGAAGUGCGAGAUGAUGAGUUCACUCUCACGGCGGAAGUCGCGCUGAAUGAUAUGUUUGGGUACUCAAGUCAACUUAGAGGUAUGACGCAGGGUAAAGGUGAAUUUUCAAUGGAAUAUAAAAAUCACCAACCUGUCAUGCCCAACGUACAGAGGGAUAUGAUGGAUGCAUUCAGGAAGAAGCAGCUGAGCAAGUAA